AAAAAAAAUCAACCCUCGCAAUAGUGAUUUCUUGUCUGUGUCCGGUGUGUGCCUGAAUGUCUUGCUAAACUUUAAGCUAGUCUUUUAUAGAAAUUAACAACAUACCCUAGCCCGAAUCGUGCACGUUCAUCGUAAUGCUUCUGCGAAAACCAUUCAUUUGCCUUCCACAUGCUAAAUUAAGGUUUAUGUCACAAACAGUUUCCCAUUCCCGGGUCGAAGGGUACAAAAAAGACGAAAGGGUAAAUUGGUGUUGUCGUUGUUGUACCGUCUGUUUGUAGCAACUGAUAUUGCACAUUUACAUUCGCAUGGGGUUUAUAAGCUGAUAAUCAUACCGUUCCCGCUUACUGCCCUGGUCCCAACACAAUGCUGAAGAAGGUUUCCGAGUUGCUGCAUCCCGCACUGCUGGCAAACGUCAAGCAGCAGCAGCAAGUCGUCGCCCGCUUUCAAGCGCUUCCCAAGCUACGUUUAAGCAAGGAACCGGCCAAGAAGGAAGCGGCAAUCCUGAUUCCGCUCUGUCUGGUCGACGGCAAACUCAGCCUCCUGUACACGCUCCGGUCUAACAAGUUGCGAAACCACCGCGGCCAGGUUUCCUUUCCCGGCGGCAUGAAGGAUGCGCGCGAUGCCAGCUACGAAACCUGUGCGGUGCGUGAGUUUGUGGAGGAAACCGGCCUGCCGAGCGAGUCGGUACGCGUUUGGGGCCGAGGUAAUACCAUCAUUCCAUACUUUGGCCCGUCGAUCACGCCGAUCGUGGGCCACGUCACGGACUUUGCCCCGGGCCAGCUGCGGCUGAGCACGGACGAGGUGGCCAAAGUGUUUACCGUGCCGGUGGAGCUGUUUGCCAGUGCGGCAAACCGACGACACACGCAGUACCGGGCCAACUACACCAUGCCGGUGUUUGUGAACGGAGACGAGACCGUCUGGGGCAUAACGGCCAUCAUUACGCAUCUGUUUCUAACGGCAUUGCUGCCGGGAGCGUACAGUGCCUCGUUACCGUUUGUGAGAAAAUACGAAGCAUUAAAGUCCUAGAAGUGAACGAUGGUCGGUUUUACGUUGUGUUUUGCAUUUUCGGCUUUGUAACAUCUGACUGUCAUUUUAAUAAAGUUUCCUUGCAAUGCGUGUUAAAA